CUCUACGCUCGGAUUAUUGCCUCGUUCUUGACCUUAUGCCAUCGAUGCUUGAAUACUUAUAUUGUGUAACGACGCCAAAAACAUGCAAAUGACCGUUGCCAAGUCGCAUAUCGCGUUCUAUUAAUAUUAAAGCUCACAUAAAUGCUAUUUAGUGAACUGUCAAAAUGUCCAAUAAGAAAUUGGCGAGGUGAAAAUCGCGCGUGUAAGAAGGUAGGGCUUCAAGUGCGCAUCGUGAGUGGCCAUAUCUGUUCGCAGAGUGGGGGUGUCGCUACAUGGUGAAUAGAUGACGGCGGCGUCGUGAAGCGUCCACGUCGAGCGGAUCAUGCUGGCCUCUUAACUGGGGGCGUAGGAGAAGUACUGCGCGGCGCCAUGAGCGCUGCGGGGCGCGAGGCGGCCGCGGAGCCCGGCGCUGGCGCCGAGCCCGAGGGCGCGCAGUGCGCGUUGGAUGCCUCCACCAACACUCCGCCACAAUCUCCGCAGGUGACAGAGAGCGCAGCGCCCGCGCCUACUAGCACGGGCGGCUCGGGCGGAAAGUGGCAGUGCGAGACGUGCACCUAUGAGAACUUCCCGCUUUCUAGGAAGUGUACGAUGUGCCGCACAAGCAAGCCGCUCCUGGGUGAAGAUAUUCUCAGGCUGCAGGACGGCGCGCGGGCGCUGCCUCACGACUCAGAGGCUGAUGCAGUAGCGGAGCGCCUGAAACCCCUCAGGAUCGCAUCUCCAGUCGGGCAGGCCGGCGCCUCCUGCCAGGCCAAGUGGCCUUGCCCGACGUGUACAUACGAGAACUGGCCGCGCUCGCUGAAGUGCGCCAUGUGCGGCGCGCCGGCCGCCGCGCCCGCGCCGCCCGAGCCCAAGCCGGCGCCCGUAGGAAUUAAUGACAUCUGUAAUAGCCAAAACGCAUCGUCAAAUGAUAAGCGUCGUAACAACCCGGACUGGCUGUGGCUACAAGCUUGCAUGGGUGUGGUGGAGGGCGACGUGGGCCGCGUGGAGGCGUACCUGGCGGCCGGCGGCGACCCGGCGCGCGCGCUCGCCGCGCACGAGGCCGCGCUGCUCGACCGCGCCUCCGCCUUCGACGCCGGACACACGCUGGUGCACCUCGCCAUCAGGUUCCAGCGCGAGGACAUCCUGGCGACGCUGCUCUCGCGCAUCUCGGGCGGCGGCCCGGGGCUCAAGCGCUCGCCUUCAUACAUCGCUCCGGAUGUGGCGGCGGCGAUCCGGCGGCACGUGGCCGCCUCCAUCCGGUACAAGAAGGGCGCCUUCCCAUGCCGCUACCUCAACGAGUUCUGUACUUUCGCCUUACCAGCAGAGAUCGAAGAACUACCAGUGGCCAUCCAAGAGCAACUGUUCUCGGAGCUGCUGGACCGCGACGCGCAGCAGACCCUCGAGGCUGAGCCGCCCCUCAUUAACUGGAGUCUCGAGUUAUGCGUGCGGCUCGGGUCGCGGCUGCACGCGUUAUGGAACCGGUCGGCCGGCGACUGCCUGCUGGACGCGGUGUCGCAGUGCGCGUACGGCGUGUUCGACCGGCGCGGCGCGCUGCGCGCGGCGCUGGCCGAGUCGCUGCUGGCGGCCGGCGAGCGCUUCUACGACCGCUGGGCCGCCUGGGAGAGACUCGGAGCGGCCAGGUUGCAUUAUGCUCCGGAGGAGUCGCAGCUGCGGGCGGAGUGGGCGCGGCUGGUGGCGGCGGCGGCGCGGCCGGGCGCGGCGCUGCACCAGCUGCACGUGUUCGCGCUGGCGCACGUGGCGCGCCGGCCCAUCAUCGUGUACGGCGUCAACGUCGUCAACUCCUUCCGCGGCGAGGCCAUAGGAUACGCGCGCUUCCAGGGUAUAUAUCUUCCCUUGCUGUGGGAGCCUGCGCUGUGUUCCAAGUCCCCGCUGGCGGUGGGCUACACGAGAGGACACUUCUCAGCGCUCGUGCCCAUCGAGCCCUAUUGUCGACGACACUACAUUUGCAGGGAUGAGCAAGAGGAGACCGAUGAAAGUUGUUACCUGCCGCUCACGGACUGCGAGGGGAAACUGCUGCCCGUGCACUUCCUCACCGUUGAUGAGAUGAGCGACUCUGAAGGCAUAGUCCGCCGCUGGCUGUCGGCCUGCGUCACCGGCGGGGGACAGCUGUGUGCCAGACAGCACCUGCACCCGAGACCAUUGCUCGUGGCUCAACUACUAGAGGAGUGGCUCAACCACUACCGGCGCCUCGCGCAACAAGCCCGCGGGCCGUUCCCGCCGCGGCUGCACGCGCACGCGCACGCGCAGGCGCCGCUCGCGCUCUCCUCCGACCCCGACACCGACGACGAGUAACACACGCGUACACGUACACACAAGAACACACACUACACUCGACUAUUUCAAGGUGCCCACCACAUUGUAAUACAUACACUGUCAUGUCCAGUCGCCAUCGGAGCGACCGAGGCGCUAACGAAUGUAUCGUGAAGAAGCAGUCGAAAACAACCACAGGGGCAUAUCUAACGAGAUUGAGUUUUAGCAACAUUACCUUAAGACUCAAUCUUUGUAGAUGUAAUUUACCUGUGUAUGUGGCUCGCUUUAUAUGAUACAAAUAUCUGAACACUCCUCUACUGUCAUUGUCAAGGUGAGAGAGAGAUGGCGACUGUCCUUAGGACCGGCAACAUAUAUGUAUAAGCUUAACUCAAUAACUUAUGACAAUAUCGUCAUUAGUUAUCGAAUUGGUCGCUGCGUUACUUUAGUUUUCGUUUGACAAAAACUCCGACGUACUAUACUUCAUUUUUUUAGCAUCUCAAUCUAGGUUGUUUCGUAGAGGUCAUCAAAAUGUAGAGAAACUUGAUAAAAAGUGUCUAUAUUGAUGUUACAAAUUACAGAACCCACGUAUGCAGGCAUGUUUAAGUAGUUAUCAAAAUAUAUACAGGGUCAUUUUUGGACCGUCAGCCAUAUUGUGCGAGGUGAUUAGGUAGGGCAUACUGAACAAUUUUUUCUAUGGGACUAAUCCCGAAAUCCCGAAAAAAAAUUGGGCCUUCCCAUAGAAAACGUCGACAUCCACUCGACCAAAAUGUAUAAAACGGGCAAAAAAAAUUUUGUUAUUUCGGAGUUGGUCCCAUACAAAAAGUUGUUCAGUAUGACCUACUUAAUCACCUCGCACAAUAUGGCUAACGGUCCAAAAAUGACCCUGUAUACAUAUGUAUAUACAUUAUGUUAAAAACCUUUGUAUGUGUGGAUUAUAGACACUCCGGACUAUUAUAAUGUAAUAUUAUUUGAACAAUUAUGUCAUUUAUGUCUGAUUUGGAUUUAAAAAGCACCUUUUAAAUUAUAUUUGUUAAUAAAAUUUGUAAAGGGUCUACAAAAGCUCAGGUAUUGUGUGUUCAUUGGUACAGAUAAUUCCACAAGCGUUCUCCACAUUUUUGUUCUCAACUGUACACAUACUCACAUAAGUGAUAGUAGCAUAAGGCGGGCAGACGUUUGUUCAAAUCGAGGUUUUAAGCCCACGCGAUAAAGCUCACUUUCAUUUACCACACUAACAGUCAUUUACCAUUGUAAUACGCCCACGUAGAAGCCACUAAAAAUAACACCUUAUGUACUAAGGCAACUAGAUUCAAUUUGCAGUAAUGAAUGUUAGUACAAUUUUAAUAUAACGGGACCGUUGAUUGAGAUCUAUUUCGAAAAUAGGUGAGAUAAGUAUAAUGAACGAUUUCUAAAUUUAUUGCGCAAACAUAUUUUUUUCGGAGGUUUUCUAACAAAGAACUGUAUCAAGUUCUGAUAUUUCAGUAUUUCUCCUUUUCUUUCGGGAUUGUCAUAAAAAAAUUCUUACAAAAACCUGGGAGAUUUUUUAAAUCGGAAUUUAAGAGUGCCAUUUUUGUAAAAAAAAAGUUUUUGCGGAACAAAAUUUGAAAUCGCUCCAUUAUUGUUUAUUCUUGAAAGAAUUACGUAUUACGCACGACAUCGUGGCCAAGAGAAUGAAGACUUUUCGGUCAAAUUUAUCAUUAUACUAGCGUCUCCUAAUCGUAGGUAGCUUUAAAAUUGUUUAACUCGUUUGUUUAUAAAAUUAAGAGUUGGCAGGUUUGCGCGUCAUAUCAUUCAUAUCGUCAUUUAUAUGACUGGCUUGAAUGUUUUGGUAAAUAUGCUGCGAUAGUACAAUCAGUUACAAAAGUAGAUGGCUGUACAGUCAGCGGAAGUAGCUAAGCGAGCUAGGUAUUUAAAAUGAUCUGAAUGCAAUUGUUAAGUAACCGAGCGUGUGCAGGCCAUUGUGAACACAUUAUUUGCUUAGUUACUUUUGUGGCUGACUGUGCAUGUAUGAUACAUAUAUACUUUUGACGCUGACUGUACCAUGUAUGUACUCUAAAGGCUGAUCGACAAAAUAUACUUAGAAGUUAGGAACAUUUUGAAAGAAAGUUGGCAGGUUCUCAAAUGAAAAUAAAAUAUUUUAUUUGGAAAAUAUUUUUACACGAUUUGAUUUAUAUGAACCAGGGAUUUAUUUAGGACUAAAUUGAAAGGAGUUACGAUUUAUUUAUUUAGGAGCGAAUAACAAAUUGCAAACAAGAAGCUUCUAAUAAAAUAAAUAAAAAAUCGAAAAAAUUAAAUGGAAAUUGGUGGUGAAACUGUGGUUAAUAUAUAACGAUGUACAUUCGAUUAUGUAAACAUAUUUUCCAAAAUGUCUAUAUCCAGAGAGGAAAAUGGGGACUACGUUUGUAUGGAGAAACUGUCCUUCACUAUCCCCUUAACGACGGCAAAGACGCUGGUUCAAAUACUCGAAUAUUACCCAACGCGUGCACAUGAGUGGACAUGUUUAUCCGAAUUUAUAUAAUAGUGGCACUGAUUAAACUGCAAUAAUAUUAUUAACUUUGAUUUAUUAGAGCCUUGUUUUGGUUAUACAGUCAGCAGCAGAAGUUGCUAAGCGGGCGAGGUGUUCAAAAUUACCAUGACACACUCUUAUUCUCCUAUUCGCUUGCUAGACACGUUCCACUUACGUUGUCUGCGUUCCAUUCUGCGUAUAAGAUGGCAAGAUCGCGUCCCCAACACUGAAGUACUUCGUCGUUGUAAGAUGCCUGGCAUGGAGGCGCUCUUGAUGAAGGGUCAGCUAAGGUGGUGUGGGCAUGUUUGGCGUAUGAGUGAUUGCAGACUACCGAAAGCCGUCUUCUAUUCCCAGCUAUCAGCUGGUAAACGGAACCAAGGUGGGCAACACCUACGUUACAAGGACGUGCUUAAGCGCCACCUAACUGCCUGCGGUAUACCACCUGACAAAUGGGAGGAGUAUGCUUCCCUGCGGCCAGAAUGGCGUUCCCGUGUCAAAACGAGUGUAAAAAACUUUGAAGACGCUCGUCUCACUGAUCUUGACGUGAAACGUCAGAUACGAAAGUCCCGGCCGAAACCCUCUUAUAAUUACACCUACAAUAUAUCUGGUCAACUGUACUGCCCCACCUGCGAUAGAAUUUUUAAAAGUAAGUUCGGCUUUGCAAGCCACAUUCGAGCUCACGCUCGUAACUAUUAGCUAGGGUCGCCGUUGCCGAUAUAUUAUUCUCCUAACAAUAAAGUCGCGUCAAGAUCAAUUUGAACAACUCUCCCGCUUAGCAACUUCUGCUGCCGACUGUAGUUACUUAAUAAGUUCGCUUGAUAAUAAGGCUUACGAGUUACGAAAUAAAUAUUUGUAUAAUUAAUAAUGAUGUCUCACCCUAUAAUUUUAGUUGAUUCAUGUUUUGUUGUACAAAUUUGUUUAAUGAAGUUUCAAUUACAAUAUUGAAUAAUUUAUUCCUUCGUGGGUGUAAGUUUUGCUCUACGGUCGCUGAAAAUGGGAGCAUAAGACGCAAGCAGGUCGCUAUAAAGAGAAAUUAAACUUUAAACUAAUGUUAAUAAAGUGCUAGUAUCACUGACAUGCAGCUAAUAUUCAAUCACCAACUGUGUCAUUAUUCACGAAAAGGUGUCAGUUGCCAAUAAGGCAUUUCUACCAUAAAGUUUACUUCAUAAAACAUUUUACCUGAAACCAAUAAUGUUUUUAAAACGACGCGAGUUUUUUUAAAAGCGCUGUGUGUGUUGAUAAAAAUUGUGAUGAUAUUGAUAUCAAAAUCCAAUCGUUUCGCUAAAACUACUUUUAGGCUUUAUCUUGGAUCUCGCACCCGAUCCAUUUUGAACUCUAUCGCCUUAAAAAUAACGUGCAAAUUUGCACCGUAUAUUUUAAAAAUAGCGUUCGGCACAUAGAGACGUCCGCUUGUACAUAAAAUGUUAGCCUUCUCAUAUAGAAAGCUUCUGCCUGUUACGAUAGAACAUCUCGACUAGACCAUGAACUAACCAACACUAUGGUUGUGGCAAACACUCGCUGCACGCGAAGCAAUUAAAAAAGAGACAGGACGCCGCCCGCCGCCGGUAGGUGUGACAGAGAGCACACAACGUAUUCGCGUGCACUCGUGCAUCGAGUGCUCGACUCGACUAUAACUGACUAUCUGUGGAUCUUAUCUCGUGGCAGUAAGGUUCAGGAACGGUCAGUUAACUGUGCUGACGACGAUAUAAAAUAAUAUAAAUUAUAAAGGAAACAGAUGUAUUGGGAGGAAUAUUCGAACGUUUGAACCGCCGUCAUUGUACUAAAGAAAUAUAUAUAGACCCUUUAUUAUCGUAGUAAUGACUAAUGACUUUUACAUCCUUAUGUUGGCAAAUUAAAAAAAAAGUUCAAGCAUUGCUUGCGCUUAAGACUUAAGAGAGCAAAAGUAUAUCCGUAAAAUGCAAAAAUAUGGUAAAAAAAUCUUUAAUAUGCUUUGCCAAGGAAAGAUUUAAGUCCUGUUAUAGUCAUGUACCUUGACUUUUUGACACACACUUUUUGUGUACGUCAAUGUGUAAAUAAAUUGUCGUGUGAGUUAGACGUUCAAAUAUUCUUUCGAUUGAUCAAGGUACCUGUUCACAUUGUUACUACCUGAUUACUUAAAAAGUGUAAAGGCUGAAAAUAUGUAUUCGAACGUCACUUAAGCCUUUAAGGGAGAGGGAAUAUACUUCCCACAUGAUUUUGUUUCAAGGUUGGUUGACACCCUUAUUCCUUAUAAAUGGUUAAGUAACUGAACAUUUGCAGGCUUUAUGUAACUGUUUAUAAGGUAUAGUCAGCCAAGAAAGUGGUCUACCACUUCGACUCUUAUCAACUGAUUAAUAGUCGAAAAGUGGUAAACCACUUUCUUGGCUGACCGUACUUACUCAUACGAAGUCAGUAAAUGUGUUGAGAACAUUUCUUGUCGAUAUUUUCAAGCCUCUUUAAGUAACGGUAGCUGUAAAGCAAAAACAGAAUGUAUUUUAUUAUAGAAAGUUAAAAGGAUGUUGUACAGAGAGUAUAAAACUUUAUCGUAUCGUUUCGUAGGUACAUAUAUGUAAAUAAAGAAAUCGCGGGUCUCCGUAGCAUAGGAUGCUUUUGCCGUUUUGUAAAAUUAUAAUUAUAACUUGUAACCUGCCGUCGCGUCGUGGAGCGACUAAUAGUUCAUCUAAUUCUUUACCACUAGAGUUAUUUAGGUGUUUCAAUUGUCUCAUUGUCUUCAAUAACAUGUAAACGAAUUUUGAAGACAGGAGCGACUUAUAGGCGGAGUGCUUGCUCUAGAAAAUGGUACACUAGUCAGUUUUCUAUACUACUUUAUUACUUGACGCGUCUGGCAGCUGGUUAUCGGUCUUUCAAUGCUCACAAUGUCUCACAACGCUUUCCGGCCUGCCACGCCGGCCUCCUUCAAUAAACGGCUGCCAUCAGGCGCCCGAUUCUAGUAAACUAACUUUCAAUAUUGUAUAUCUUUGUCCAGGGCUAGUUAUUAGUUGAUUAUACUCGUACCAACGUCUGACGUAUACAUAAUGUAGACAUCAUAGGUAUGAUGCAUCUGAAUUGUAUCAGCAAGUUUUGAUGACAAUGACGGGGGUUGAAACGCCUGAAUAUUUACAAUUCAAUUGAUGUCGGUGCUCGGGAGAAAUCUCAAGUAAUGAAGACAAAUUUAGAUGCUCUCGUUCGAGUCUUAUGCCACAAAGUUGCCUACAUCUUUAGGCGUUAAAGUGUAUGUUCAGAUUUUUUGAGCACCUUGGCUGCUCAUAACUUUGUGGCAUAAGUCGAGCCAGGCAUUAGUUAGUAUGCAAUUGUUUAGGAGCUCUUUAGGAAUUUUAGUUGGGUCGUGCAAGGUACGGUCUUAUCUCUGACGAAUGGAAAGCAGCUAGGCGGACGGAGCGCUUACAAUAAUGUACACAAGCAAUCUUGAUAGAGAAUAUAUGUAGCAAAAAUAAAUGAUGUGUAGACCAAGAGCUUUGAUUUGAGUCUUAUAUAAAUCAAAAAUAAUACUCAAAACUCUUGGCGCGGAACUAUGCUUUUCAAGGGGCCCACUGAUUAACAGUCCGCCGGACGGUAUCGGCCUGUCAGUUGUUCGGAACACUCAAAAUUUUGUUCUAACUGACAGGCCGAUAUACCAUCCGGCGGACUGUUAAUCAGUGGGCCCCUUUAGUUUUAACUUUUAAGUAAUCUGUGGCUUUCUGUCAGAGAAGGGGUAUUUUAUGUGUAUAAGGUCCUUUCCAUCAGAAAAGGAUCCUUAAGCUCCGACCAUGUGCAUAAGGACCCCUCUCUAAUGGAAAGCCACAUUUGAGUAUCUUCACCCGUGUAGCUACUUGAACAUUCGUUAGGCAAAGGAUCGAAAAAGUUAGUAACGAAUUGUAGUGGACUAGUGCGAGAGAAACAGGAUAUACGAUGCUCUCUUUCUGUUGCUAUAAAUAUGUUAAAACGAGACAUUUGUUAGUGAAAAUAGAUUUGAAUUAAAUCUCGCACUAGUUUAAGGAGGCUGAUCAGUAUGGGAAGUGUCCGUAAUAUCGGAUUGGAUAAGUUGUGUUAUCCGCUCAGAUAUUAUUGGCUGAAGCGUUGAAUUUAUAUUUACGCUUUGUGUGGGCCUAGUGUCAGCAGGGUUACUUUAUAGAAAUAAACAGCGAAUUCCUUAAAAAUUGGGUUAGUUACAAUUUCAACGGCUCAGUAAAGAGGGUGCUUAUGAGUUACAGUUAGACCAACUUAGCUCGGUCUAACUGUAAUGUUCUUUUGACAAGUGUAAGUGAGUGUUGAUGGACCCAUUGACACUUGUACUACUCUAUGGUAUAUCUUGGCCCCCAUCAUGGAAACGAAAGGACAUAUCUAAGCUUUAUCGUGGUAUUUAUGCUUAUUUUUCUGUUCUUAAAACAUUUCUGUGCAGUAUUAUCAAUGGAACAUAGAUCUCAGUGGCGCCGUCUUGCUUGAGGCUUUGGUUUCCGACGUCAUUGUCAAGGUUAUUUCGUUUAUCUCCAUCUCUUUUGCCCUAUUAUGAUAGAGAUGGAUAUAGACGAAUUGCACAUUUGAAGCCCAGGCCCUGCUGAUACUUAGAAAGGAAAAUGGUCCUUCUAGUUCGAACUGCAAAGUUUUCUAUUUGGUAGAAGUGCCCGUGGCCCCUUCGCCUUUGACAAGCAAACACUACGAGUUAUGCACGAGAUAGAUCAAUUUAUCACACAUAUGCGGAUCCGCACGGCGCUCCGGUGUGGGAGAGACCGCAGUAUGUAAGUCUAUAUCGGUCUCGCUCGCACCUGGCUCGUGCAUCCAACGUAAUAAAGACCGCCUUAUCCGCUCAAUUGUAGACAAUGUUUCAGUACAGUCGAAGAUAUAAUCUUUCACUAUGAAAUCACACUGAUAUUAUGAUGCACUUGUUCAAAACUCAUCUUUAAUGUAUUGACAAUAAAGUCAAUUAUGGCUCGCGAGGCGAGGGGGUCGCGGGGAGCAGAAAUCUCGCAGCGGUGGUUGUUAUGUACAUAGUCCUUCAGGACCUCGGCAAGCUAGAAUUACAAACUAACAAUACACGUUUAAAUCAAAUUAUGUAUAUUACUAAUUUUAAUCAAUAAAGCACUUAUUUUAUGAUGCUGUUCGAUA